ACAACGCAAUGAAGAUAACUAAGAUGCUCCCCCAGAUUGUAAUCUUCCCAGCCUUCAAUGUCAUCUUGUUCGUCGCCUCGGCGUCAAUUCCAAGCCAAUGUGAAAUACCAACAUCUCUGAAAGUUCAUUUCGAGAGUCUGCCCAGAGCAGACAUGGGUAAUAAUUUUUUUCUACCAGUGGAAUUUCUUCGAGCCGAAAAGAUCUUGACCCCACUAAGCGAUGGAAAUCAAACUAGUCCAGAAUCUAAUGAUUCUUCCGGUAACAUACGUGAAAGUUCAACCUCUCCUUGGUACCUGAAAACUACCUAUAAUUCAACACUUUACUUUCCAACACAUACUGAAGCUGUGUGUCCUUGCAAUAAUUGUCAGGACAGUAACCACAAUCAUCAUUGUGCUAAAAUUUUUUCUAAAAUAACUGUCCUCAAACGUACACGUGAAUGUGUUGGUGAACUGUGUGUAUAUAAACCAAUUGUAAUUGAUGUAGCAACAGCUUGUGUAUGUGCACGGAAAGUCAGAUUCACAAAUAAAGGAAAUGAAAAACUAUGAGGAAAAUGAACAAUGCUCAAAUGGAGAGUUAUUCAAGAUCGCUUAAGUAGAGGACUAUAU